CUUAGCAUAUAGUUAGCCAGCAUUUGACGGCCUGAGCUGCAGUGCCAGAAUGCCGCUAAAUCGCUUAUUACUUCGGAUACCAACAGUCAGUAAGACUGUGAGCAGAAGCGCGUUCACUGCAACCAAACCAGAUCCAACCAAGCCUAACAUGCUGCGUGUGGGGCUAGCGUUUGGGACCUCUGCAUUCCUGUGGGCACUGCUCUUCAAACAGCACAGCACCGAUGUGAAUGAGUACAAAGCAAGGAAUGGCCUGGAGUGAUUCCCCAUGGGAACACGUUGUGAAGUGAGAUGCUUAUGGAGAUGGGAGUCACAUUUGAUCUAACCUCUGCAUCAUCUGUUUUUUCUCUAUGCUUUAUCUGUUGUAGUGCUCAUAUCCCAGGAAUCUGGGGUAAUAUUGAAGUGUGUGUAAUAAAUACAUUUAUGUAUUGA